AUGGACUAUACAGUGCCCCGGACAUACUAUCCAGAAUGGUGGAAUAUAAACUCUCAUCGUUGUAAUCAUCUCAAUAGACCACCUGUUUUUCAAGAACCCUAUGGUUAUGGUCGUUCUUUCAUCGCUGACUGGGUUCGUACUGGCGCCGUUAGUAUUAGCUAUGCAUCUGAUGCCUUAGAGAUUACUAGUCAAAUAUCGAAAAAUUUAGUCGGGAAACUUGAAUACUGUCAUCCACCUGUUCCACUCUUACCAACACAUUAUUCACCUGAGUUGACACAAGGUAAAUUUUUAAUCAUGAGUGAAGCUGACAUGUACACUGGUGGACAGCAGGGAGAAGAAAACGAAGAAGAAUCUGAUAAAAAGUCAAAGAAGACAAUUGAUUUGUGUACUGUUCGUGAUUAUGGUUUUGAAUAUUUGCUGAAUGAUAGCAUUCUAGGUGAACAAGCAUCAGCGGCAUUUUUGUGCGGUAAACUACAAGGUUUAUUACGUGCUAAUGUCUCGAAAUUUAUGCAGAUUGAUCGUCAAGUUAAUAAAACUACUACUUCUGCUACUGGUACUAACUCUACUCCUACUAAUACUACUUCUACUACUACUACCAAUACUACUGAUAUCAAUAAUACUAGUAGUAGCAGUAAUGACGAUAUUACCAGUGAUAAUGAAAAGACAAGUAUGGAUGUCAAAUUUGAUAAACGUGUACACUGUGUUAUUCAUGAAUUACUUGUUAAAGCUGAAGAAGGUUUAAAUAAUUGUCAUUCAGUCAAUGCACAAAAUGAAGUCAUCAAGGAAAUACAGAAUUUACUUACAUCAGGAGUGGAAGCCAGUGUUUUCAUGCCUAUACCACUAUCGGCAACUAAGUUAACCACCUCAACUGCCGCUAUCGAUACUGCCUCUAACAAUGAUAACGUCAACGAUAAUACUGAUAACGGCGUCCGACCACUAGCCAAACGACGUAAGCUCACCAGGAAAUUGCCAGUGAAGAAGACUAACAGGGAAACAGAACAACUCUUACCUGGUACUGUUAGUAGACUUCUUUAUCCGACUAACUGUUCAACGUCAUCGUCAUCAUCAUUAAUAAAUCAGUCGAAUGUUUUCCUGAAAUCAAACAAUAGUCGGCUAUUAGCAUGCUUUGAUCCAUUUGUUAUCCGACUAGCAAGUCGAGUUGUUAAUCCUAAUUACCUUGGAAAUGGUCUACUAUGCAGUGUAAGAUCCAGUUAUUAUUCAUCGGGUUCCACUACUGCUGCUACAGAUCAAUCUGAUAUGAUUUUAUGGACUUCACCUAAGACAAAUGCUAUAUCUAUAGGUAAAAAAUCAAAUUUAUUAAAGACUACUACUGUCAGUGAAUCAGAUCGUUUUUUCACUGUUACCCCAACUCUAACUAAACUAUCUUCUAGAUCAUUUUGUGAAAUUGAUUCAUGUUUCAAUCAAACAAACGGAAAAAUUGAUGUAGUUGGUCGUCUUUUGUCAUCAUUAAAGAGUAAGAAAAGCGUUGUCUGUAUGCAGAUAAAGGUGGAUGAAUAUGAUUUAUCCAAGACAAGUAUUGAGGAUAUUCGAAUGGUGGCACCGAUUACAGCAAACCAUCAUGUCAGUAGUGUAUGCAUGAGUCAGUGGAUACCAGGAGAAUGGUGUAUGGCGGGGAAUUAUUUAGAUAAAAAUUGUAAUCGUAAAGCCAGCAUACACUUGUAUAACUUUAAUGACCGUUAUUUUCCUAUAUGGUCAGGUCAUUUGAAUUUAGGUAAUUUUAGAGAAGCAAUAGCAAAGGAAAAUAAUAUAUGCUUGGAAACUACUGAAUUAUCAUCGUCUUCAUUAAAAGAAGAUCAAGUUCAAAUGGACAUUGAGUCAUAUUAUCAGUACUCAACACGGAAAUUACGCCUACUUCAACAACAUUCCAGUCAUUAUUGGUUACGUGCAGGAUUUGGAAGUUAUCCUGGAGAAUUGUGUUUAACAACUAGACGUCGUAUUUUAAUAUUUGACACUCGUACAUCGUCGUCGAAUGCAUUCCAGUUAUUUAAUACUGUAGACAAACCUUUUUUAUUCAAUCCAACUGACUAUAUAACCUACUGUUCACCCAACUGGUUUGGUGAUGUCUACAUAUUGUCUGGUGGUUAUUAUAGUAUGUUUCUAUUGGAUAAACGUAUGCCUAAUCGAACUGUCCUGCAUUGGUCACAUAAUCUUGCCAGACCUAUUGCUCAUGUUAACUGGACAAAGUUAGAUCAGCAAAAGAAAUCAAUGAGUAACACUGAUGAUGAUAAUAAUAUUCCACAAUUUUUAGUAUCAAUGACAUCACAGUACUCUUCAGAUAUGUCAACAUUUGGUUUGAAUCUCAGUUCCUCCUCCGGUCCACAGUAUAUUGGUCCAGCUAUAUCAGGUAUGCCGUUGACAAGUUUAAUCACAUCAUAUCCCAUAAAUAAUACACUGGAGACAAAUACACAGAGCCCAUUAUUGACUAGACGUCUACAAAGUUCUAUCUGUGGGAUAACAACAUACUAUUCAUCAACAGAUUCUGGUCAGAAUCAAUUCCAUACGCUUUUGCUUACAUCUUACGGCGAUCUGUUCAAUUAUUGUGCAUAUCUAAAAGAACCAGAAGAGAAUGGUACUACUACUACCACCAUUAGUCGUCGACAUGAUCUGUUGGAUAAUUAUGAGACAAAUAGUUGUUCAGUAGUCAACAAUUGGCUAGCUGAACUUAAUAACUGUAAGCCAAAGAAUAAACGAUAUCAAGCUAAAAAUACCAGCGAUAGCAGUGCAGAAGUUAACAUUGAUUCACAGAUAAGAAAUCACACUGGUUCAGUGAAUCUGUCAAGUGUUAUCCCAAAAAAAUCAACUUCAAUAGAGUUGGAUAGUCAGUUAAAUGACACUCGGAGUAAUAACAACAUUAAUUACAACAAUGAUGUCAGUAGCGGUAUCAUUAUUAAUAGUAAUAGGUGUGAUUUCAUCCCUGUCCACCCUUUGAGUGUAACAGAAGAUAGUUCGAACCAAACGAAAGACAUUUCAAAGCAUCUGUUGAAUGAUUUAAAGACUAUAUGGAGUUAUAAUAAGGCUUAUAAAUUAGAAAAUGAUACCGAGAAUUCAUCACUAUCCACUUCAAUAUUUCUUGACAACAUAUCAGAGGAUCGGAAGUCAGAAGAGGGGAGACAUCAAAGUCUGUUGAGUGAAUUACGAGAUAGUGAACUUGAUAAACAGUUGGAUAGAGUGAAAAAGCGUUAUAUUGACACUCUUGUAAUCAAUCACCAUCAAAUCAAUGAGGCUAACGACCGAUGGCCAUGUGCUCUGACGCCUUCACCGUUAUCAUCUCAAGAAGCAUUGUUUUCAUGUUCAAGUCAAUCAGAAUAUUUUACUGCUCAAGAGUUUUAA